UGCCAUCAUUGUAGACUUGUAGUAGAAAUAUUAAGAUUGGUCUGGAUGAAGCAUGAAUGGAAAUGCGUGUGCAUGCGUGCCCAAACUGGAAGAAACAACACAGUGUUAAAAGAAUGGUCUACAAUGAUAACCAAGGAUGUGACUAACAGCAGUAAAACUGUGUAAACAGGCGAAUGUGGUGUUUGUGACAAGCUCACACUGUCUGUGCUCUGAUAAGGCCCUUGUGCAGAUGGCUCGUCAACAGAAGGCCUGUGCUCUGAUAAAAGCAGGAUGACAGCAAGGUUGCUGCACAUCCCAAGUCCCUUUCCUCCUCCUAUCCUAGCAGGAGGACAGACUGGAGAUGUAAAAGUAGCCGAAAUGAGGAAACAAGGGCACUGGACAGUGACUUUGCCUAGGGUUCUCUGAGGAUGAAGCAAGCAAGAUGCUGAUGCAAAAGAACCUUGCUGUAAUAACUCCUAGCUCCUAAAGAUGACAAAAGACCUAUCCAAAAUCCUGUAGUUGUUACUGAAGAGGAAUCAGAGAUGCAGUGAGGACUUGGUAACUGGCACCCUUUGUCCCAUGUUGCACACAAGUGAUCCUGGCCAGACCGCCUGGAUGUGUGCAGCUUGGAGCUUUCACAGGUACCAAACCAAAGAUGUCUUGGACAAGAAAGAUUCUGCUCUUCCUGGGACUUCUGUCUACUUUGGCUGCAAUUGCUUUAAUUGCUGUAGCAGUGACCCAAAACAAGCCACUUCCGAAGAAUAUUAAGUAUGGGAUUGUGCUGGAUGCGGGGUCAUCUCACACUAACCUGUAUGUGUAUGACUGGCCAGCAGAGAAGGAGAAUGAUACUGGAGUGGUGCAGCAGGUGGAGGUGUGUAAAGUUGAAGGCCCUGGGAUCUCAGGCUAUUCCCAUGCCACAGAGAAGGCAGGCCCCUCUCUGAUGCAGUGCUUACGGAGAGCUGAGGAGGUGAUUCCCCCAAACCAGCACCCAGAGACACCUGUCUACCUCGGCGCAACCGCUGGCAUGCGGCUUCUCAGCUUGGAGGAUAAAAGUGCAGCUGACAAAGUCUUGUCCUCAGUAGAGAAGACACUACGCUCAGCUCCCUUCAACUUCCAGGGUGCCAGAAUCAUCAGUGGUCAGGAAGAAGGAGCCUAUGGAUGGAUCACCAUUAACUACCUGCUGGGCAGUUUCAAGCAGUCUGGAUGGACAAAAUUUCUGCAUAUCCUGAAAUCUGUAAGUGAGACAUCGGGAGCACUGGACCUUGGAGGAGCUUCAACUCAGAUUACCUUUGUACCAGAUGAAAUUCCUUAUGAGUCCCCAGAGAGCUGGCUGCAUUUCCGUCUCUAUGGCAAAGACUACAAAGUGUACACACACAGCUUCCUCUGCUAUGGGAAAGACCAGGCUCUGCGGCAGAAACUGGCCAGGGACCUACAGACCACUGAGAAUGGCAGGCUCCUCGAUCCAUGCUUUCACCAGGGGUAUCAGAGGACUGUAAAUAUAAGUGACCUCUUCAGAAACCCUUGUACAUCAGCUGAGAAAAAGCAACUUCCUUUCAGCCAGCUGUACAUACAGGGAGAGGGAGAUUAUCAAAAGUGCCGAAGAAACAUCCAGUAUCUGUUUAACAAAACCAACUGUCCUUACUCCAGUUGCUCCUUCAACGGUAUAUACCUACCUCCAUUACAGGGGGAUUUUGGGGCUUUCUCUGCUUUCUACUUUGUGAUGAACUUUUUGAACCUGACAAAUGAAAAAAGCCCUGUUGCUCUGGACAAAGUGGCCAGUGCUAUUCAGAGCUUCUGUGCCCGGCCUUGGCAGGAGGUGAAGCUAGCAUAUCAUCAAAUAAAAGAAAAGUAUCUGAGUGAAUAUUGCUUCUCUGGGACCUACAUACUCUCUCUCCUGCAAAAUGGCUAUGAAUUCACUGAAGAGAACUGGCAAAGAAUCCACUUCCUUGGGAAGAUUGGCAGCAGUGAUGCAGGCUGGACCCUGGGCUAUAUGCUGAACCUGACCAACAUGAUCCCUGCAGAGGAGCCUGCCGCCCCCCCUCUUUCCCAUGGCAGCUACGUGGGGCUGAUGGUGCUCUGUUCCCUAGUGCUGGUGUCUGUGCUCCUGCUUGCCUGGCUGCUCUUCCACAAGCCCAAGUGCCUGCAGAAGGGGAUUGUGUAGGAAGCGCCAUGGGGGGAAGAGGGGCUGUGGUAAUCCAACUGAGCAGGGCUAGGAGCUCCCCUGCAGAGCUGGCCUUGUGCUGCAGAGCCCCUCUUGCCUCUCACUGAAGCUACUGACUGUGUACAAGGGCAUUGAUUUCUUCUGACUCUCACUUGCACUGACAGAUGUUGGGACACCAGGCUUGCCACCAUGCCCUACCAAGGACAGACAAGCUGGCAUCCCCUUCUUGAAUGGGUUGUACUUUCAUUGACUGAAACUUUGCUGCUUGUUGUUUUUUUGCCUUGCUCACAGCAGUAUAAAGAUAAGAGCAGCAGCAAUCUUUGGGAGCUGGUGCUCCUGCAAGUGUAAUCUCAGGGUCACACAUGCCACUGGGCUCUUGGAAGCAAUCACACAUCGGGUGAUCCAGCGGCUCCUCCACUCAAGCAGUUCCCUAGAGCCCUUCCAGGACCGAAAUGGCAUGAGCAUGCCUCCGGCUUGCCUCCCUGUGCCCUUAGCCCUCGCAGCUCCACCAGCUGGGUACGAUACCCAGCUGACCCCCUGGAGGCUGGCUGUGCUCCUCAGUGCUGCUCUGGCACAAGAAGGAUGGGGAAACAGUGUACUGGUGGUCACCAGUCAGCUGGGCUCAGGCUGGUGUCUGCUCCUUUUGCAUGUGGCAAGAAGCCUUUCCCAUGUCUUCCUGAUGCUGUUGCUGGACCAAAGCAGGCUUGCUGUUAUACUGAGCCAUUCCCAUGUCCCUAGGACAAUUGUACACAUCAAGACAUGAGUUCCCAGCCAGGCAUUUCUGACUUUUGUAGGACUGGCUCAUACUGGCCAAGGAUCCUGGACCAGUAGCUAGCACAUGCUACAGGGACUCUGGUCCCAUUGGCAUGCCUAAAGUUGUAUUCCCACAAAAGCAAUCCUGUCUUACUGUGCUGAUCAUACAUCAGCCUCUGAUUCAGGGAAUAUGUUUGUUAGGUCACAUUCCUUUAAAGAAGGACAUCUGGCAGCAGUUAACCAGCACAAAAACUUGCAGAUCAGUUAACUCUUUGCAUCAGCAAAAUGAGUGAAAAUUCCCCUUUCCUUACUACUUAGCUUAGACUUAACAUCUCAUAAGACCUACAGCCUGUAAGUCCACAUACUGCGACCCAUCUUCUAGCACUCAAGUAGGGGGAUGCCACUGAUUGGGUUUAUGCACCACUUCCAUUUUUUCUGGUCUCUGGUCCAACAAAAAGAGAAUAGAUAAGUUGGAAAUCCAUUUUUAUAGUGCUCAGAAACCGCUGGUGCCUGUUUACCUCCCAAGAAAUGUCUUCUCCUCCUCCUAAUAAUCUGUAUCUGCUAGAGGCCCAAAGAAAGCAGUUAUUGUGGGGGGGAAAAGGAAUGGCAAACAAAGACCUUCACCUGUUUCCCCAAGCAAAGCUGCAGAAGGGUCAGGGGGAGAACAUGCAGUCAAGAUAAACCUUUCUCCUUUCAGCAAACACAGUCAGAGCUUGGGUCUUUCGUGCUCACCUGGGUUGUUCCUCUGUGCAGUGCAGACCAGAGCAAGUCCCCCAGCCACUUCUGCUUCAUGUUUAGAAGUAGGAGCUUAACUUAUUGAAGGACUUAAAAGCAAGGGAAAAAUCUAUCCUGUCUUAUGGUAAGAUGUAUGGGCAGUUCACUGUUCUUCCAAAAAUCUGUGUCUUAUUUCUGCUCUGAGUUGGUUGGCUUCAGCUGCUGUUGGAUCUUGUUCUGCCCAUUUCAAAAAGACUCUUUGCUAUCAGAAUCCCCUUUUUAUUUUCUUGUUGGUGAUUUCAAGUCAUCGUAUCGUAUUAAAUAGAUUGACCUUCAGUCUGUAAAAUGCUUUGUCCUGACCUCACUUGUAGCUCUUGAUUCAACUUUUUUUGAAAUUUUUGAUAUCUUUUUGAAGUUUGGAUACCAAAGUUUGCAGCAGUGAGUGGCAGUAGACUCUGUAAUAGUGUAUAUAAAGGUAAUAGCAUUUGUUAAGGGUCUGUCCUCUCUUCAUGUAGCUCAGGGUCAGAUCUGCUCUCUUAAGAGAAUGUUUCAAGGGGGCUGUUUUGUUCAAUUUAACUACUGCAACCACACCUUUUUCCCCUGCCAUAGCAUUCCAGAACAGUCACUGUCUUGCAGUAUGCAUUAUUAUCUUUUAACCUGACAUAUUCUGCCUUCCACGUGGCUGUACUGAAAUGUAUGCUAUUCAAAGAAUAUUGCCCUAAGCAAGUGAUCCAGAUCAACCUGCAAACGAUCUUUUCCCAUGCUGUUUAUCUAUUUACCAGUUUUUGUUUUAUCUGCAAAUAUACUGAGACCUUGGGAUUCAUCUAGAACUGGAGUCUUCUGUUGUUUUCAGCAAAGACAUAUAGAGGAGAGAUUAAUGGUAUUUUUUGGCUAUGGCUGGAAGGAAUGUAGGAAGCAAGUGUGAUUCAGAGCUGCUUUGCCCUUCUGAGACAGAGCUCCAGCCCUCCUUGCAACCCAUCCCCUGUCCUGUGCCACCUUCCUUAUUUAAGGAACCUCCACAAGCAGAGCGUGUACCCCUGGAAAAGUUCCUCUUGCCAGCAUACAGGUCCUUCUUGCUGCCCGAACAAUGUGGGAAAGCUGCAGAGUGGUAAUUCCGCUCCUGAGACCUCACCUCGGAGCCGGCAGCUGCCAGUGCUAGUUAGUUUUGCCUGUGAUGCUGGAACUGGCAGAUCCAUCGGGAAAUUUCUGAGACUAAUGCAGAAACUCCCUGUGGAAACUGGUGUGGAGAGAAAGCUUGUGCCUGUCUGCUCUCCUGGUCCCCAGGAAGGGCUUAUGCCAAAGGAAAAAAAGGUCAAAUACAUAAUCUGAGAGAACAGCUUUACCAGCAUUUUGUAUUUUUGCUGCAAGUACCAUGCUAUUGUUAGCCCUAGAUUCUAGAGUCAGGUGAUCAGCUGUUAUCUUCAUUUUUUCCCCUCCCACCUUCCCUCUCUGUCCAGUUUCAAAACAAACAAACAAAAUCCCAGAAACCUGCACCUUGCAAAUGUGACUUAAGUGCACCCCAAAGGCCCCAAACUGAGAUAAAUGCAAAUAUAAAUUACUGUGUUUCUUAAAUCUUAUCGUUAAAGGCCAAAUUUGAGACAAUCUUUCCUAAGGAGAUGCCAGAGGUGUGUUUUAAAACUCAUUUGAAAUGGUUGAGGCUCCAGGACUGGCUGACUGAAGGCAUCCUGCCAUAGCUAGACCCCUUUGUAUCACUGGCUGUACUUGAACCCUCCUGGCAAAGGGUAUGAUUUUGCUUCCCUGAAACCUUCUCUGCAAUUGCAGGACUUGCUGUGUCUAGGGAGGUUGGCCCAGAUCCUGGGCCAAAGAGUCUAAGUGUCCAGUUUAAUAAAAAGUCACUUCUUUACUGCAUGUGAUGUGGGUGUUGACUCAGAGCCAUCUGCUCUGUACGUGAAGACCAUAAAAGAUAGGGAGUGGAUUUUUCCAGAUAUGUCAGAAAACGGUAAGAUAGCAUCACUUUUCUUGUUAAUGCAGUUGAUCUGCCUCACUGGUAACUAUUUGUGCCUUAUUUCUGAUUUAAUAGCUUCUGGCUUUAAUUUCCAGCCAUUGGCUCUGGUACAGUUUUGUUCUUCUAGAUCAAGAAGUCCUUUAACACCAUGUGUUCUCAUCUUGCAGAUAUUUAUAUGUCAACCAAGUCCUCUGGGUUGUCUAGAAUCUAGACCACUUGGACUUCCCUGGUCUCUCCCAUCUGCAUGUCUCGUGGCAGGAGGCCCUGUGAGAACCUGCAGAGACUUGGGAUGAGUUUCUUGAUGGGGGUGAAGCCCCAAUGUCUCUGGCUUCUGGCUUGGAUGUCUUUUUGGGAAUGUUCUCCAAGUGGGACUUGACAGCUUUGCAGGAGCAGCCUGAGGCUGGGCCUGGUGACUUCCACAAGCUUGCUGCCUUCUCCCUUUCACCCGGGGGAGGGCUGAGGCAAAACCAUAAGUGGGGCUGAGAUUUUGAGGGGGAAGAAGAGAAAGCCUGGGUGCCUCCAGCUCUCCCACACAUUUUGUAGAAAGCAGCCAGUGCCCACAUGAGGAACUAUGCACCCUCCUCCCCACCUAGCCAGCCUUUCCGAUUUCUCUACGCCCCCAUUGCAAAGCACAGUAAAACCACCUGGAUUGCUGGAGUUUGCUGUUGGGAGCAGUGAGAUGCUUUUGGGUAAGGUGGGUGCUGGACGGGGCUCCCCAGCCUUUCUCCGGACCUGUGCCCCUCCCGUCUGCCCCAGCACUCCACGCUGGUGGGGGGACACUGGCUCUGAGGGCUGCUCGCUGUGUACCAGGGCUGAACAGCUUGUUCUGGGAUGCUGGGGCUGCCGGUGGUGCCAGCGCCAGGGGCCAAAGGGAAGCACGCUGAGGACAGCCCCCCGUGCCUCCUGUCACUUGGGCUGCGUGCUUCCUCUCGGCGGCUCAGCCCUGAUGGAACAGAUCUUAGUUUGUUUUGAUGCACGCAUAAAUCUCUGUAUCCUUAUCACAAUAAAGACUUCUGAACUGAUGCCAGCAAAGUUUUCUCACUGUUUUCCGUAGGGUGGGAAGUUGCCAACGGUGGAGUGGAGCUUUUGGCAUAUAGAAUGAAAAAGUCUUGAGGCAGGAUUUCCUCUCUUGCCAGUUUCCUGCUGUCCUCUCCAUCAGAUUUUAAAUUCCUGGUGGAUGGGCAGCAUCCCCUCCUGGCAAGGAGAGGCACUGUGUGCCCCUUCUUGGUCUGGGCACCUCCUGGGGGCAGUCUCACUCCUAGGAAGGCUGCUAAUGUCCAAAUCGCAUCUCCUUUGAGUUUCAUCCUGACCUCCCUGGGAACGUCUGCUGAGGCAUCUUGUGCAUCCCCGUUCUCUACAGCCAUGCCACUGAAAGACUGAGGUCCUCUUUCCCCCUCUUACUCCCUCACCCACAACCAGCACCCCUUGCUUCAUGCCAGGGCUACAGCCCCACCAAAAACAGAAGGACGUGGGGCCUCCAUCCCUUGGGCCCAGGGACAUACGUCCAUGUGGCUCUGCAUGCUUGCACAGCUGUAGCUUAGCCAAGGCAAACAUAUUUUGUGUGUGUGUCUUUAAAGCACACUCCCCAACUAUGCUCAUUUUUAUGGCUCUGAACUUGAACGUUCCUCAGAUUUUCCAGUCUUCCUCUUGUAACAAUAUGGUCAGAAUUAAAACUAAAGCACCAGGUGGAGUCUUUCCAAUGUCAGCUCUGAAGGAAUCAUCUUCCUGCCUGUGACCUGCCGCCUUAGCAAGCAAGCAUGAUAUGGGGGGAGCCCUGGGCUUGCAUUCACAUUCCUCUCACUCCCGCUGCUGUGGCACUGCACAUUCCUGCUCUUGCUCUCUUUUCUCUUACUGCCUCAAGGUCUUUCCAUCUUUGAACAUCUGGGGGGAUGGAUGAUUUGUCCCAGAUGUAUUAGCUGCAUUUUCCAAAUUAAGUCUUUGUUUACUUCCUGCACUGUUUCUAGGAGCUAAAGCCCUAUAUUGUUUGUUUCUGUCUUCAUCUGUGUUUUUUAACAUGUCUUAGUUUACUAUUAGCUUUAAACUUCAUUAGCAUGUUGCUUUCCUAGAAUGUAGAAAGAACCAUGCAAGGUCAGAUCAGACAUCCCAUGCUUUGGCAGUUGUCUCUGGCUGCAGGUGGUUAUUCAUGUGGGUACGCUGGGAAAGGGCGUGAUCCUUCUCUUACAGCAAUUAGUAGCUUAGGAAAAUUGUGAUCAAGUGAUUGCAUCUGGACCUGUGUAAUUAACAGCUGUAGAUGGCCUAAUUCUCUAUGAAUUCAUCUUAUCCCCUUUUGUACCCAUUUAACUUUCAGCCUUUACAAGGUAAUUUCAUUGUGCAUUGUUUGCAGCCGUAGUUCCUUUUGUUUGCUUUAAACCUGCAACCUGAUAAUGAGAUGCCUCUAUCCUUGUGUUACAGGUAAUGCUGACUAAUUCUCCAAACCUAGUAAUGCUUUAGAUGCUCUCUCUACCCACCCCAAGUGUUCGUGGCUCCAUAUUAGGAUAUAGCAUUCCUCCAUUUCUUUUUCUUGUUCCUUUCAUCCAUCAGUGUUGCCUUGUCUCCAUGGGGAAAAAGAGUGUUUUCUCGUGUCCCUUGGCAGCACUGUAGCUCCGAUUCUGCCAGUGGCUGUCACAGGCCACUGAAGGCAGAGCAUAGGAGGAGAUCGGGGAGGGGAGAGACCAUGCACAGGGCUUGUGCUGUUUUACCGUAGUCCUAUCUAGUGCUCUCUAGCUGCCAAGUAACACCAGCUAGCGCUGGAAAUCCGCCCACCGCUUUUGCGUCGCCUUGGUUGCUGAGAGCUGUGUGGAGAGCAGCUCCACGGGAACUUAGCAACCCCGGUGCGGUGACGUGAGCGACGCAAGGGUUUCCCACCACCGCGUGGGAUGUCACCGCUCCAAAAUGCCACCAGGCACGGCUUUUCAUACAGAUAACAUUAUCACGCUGACCCCUCUAUCGCUGCGCAAGCUGCCAGGGUAUCCACCACUGCUGGACACGGAUGCUUUGAAGGCAAACCUAGUGCAGUGCUUCGCUCGCUUUAGUCUCUCCUUUACACUGUUACCCUUGCUCCAGCAGGCAAAAGGCCACCCGGCCUUCAGUUCAUCUGAGAGCCACCAUCUCUCACAUAGGUGUGUGGUCCUCCUGCUGCCCACCACUGAGUGAACAACCUCCUGUUAAACAGCUGCAACACCAUCUCCUCCAGCAAACCACCAAACUUGGGUCCCCUCAUCCCAAAAUGUGCUGUCCCUGCACCCUGUCCCCACACCGACUUCUACCUUUUACUCCCUUCAGCUUCCAGAGGGCAGCUGCUCUGUCAGACUCCUGCUUGCUAUGCCCUUCCGCAGCCUUAACUAUUUUUCCUUGCUUUCCUACAAGUGCUUGGAGAAACUGGCACCUCCAGCACCGUUUCUAGUUAGCUGAUCUAAGAUGGGUGCAAUGCAGUUCCUACUCCUGAACGCUUGUUACUCCAAGACUGACUGACAGGCAGGGAUGCCGUGGGAUGGAGUUUAACUGGGAGGAGGUGUUAAAAUGGGUAUUACUAUCUUUAUAUACAUAGAAUAUGUGGCUAUUACUAUCUUUAUAUACAUGUAAUAUUCUUUUUUUCUGGUUGUCUCUGCAAAAAAUAGUUCUUCAAAAAUAGGACUUUUCAGACCUCU